AACUACAACAGUCUUAUCACAUGGACCUCCCAUACAAUAUGCAUCCCUUCUAAAUCAAAGCAUGUCUGAGAGUUAUUCAUCUUCACAAAGAGUUGACACUUCAAGUGAUGAAGGAGAAGUUACACUGGAACAUGAUAAAGGAAACAAAUAUGAAGCAGAAAUUCCUGUUAUAGAUGCAUCUGCAACGUUGGGGAGUUCUUUUUACUAUAAAACUCUCCAAGACCUUACAAUUAUUGAAAGUGAUACUCCUCUUAUGGGCUCUGGUUCUGAAAGAUGUGUGAUUGAUUCUGACUCUGACCGAAGUGUUGACUCAGAUUUUGAGUUAGAAGAACAAUCUCGAGACUCUGGAUCAGUAAUAUGGGGAGUAGAUUCUGACUCCGAAAAGUCUCCUAGGGAUUCAGACUCUAGAAAACACCUGUUAAAAGCAGAAAAUUAUCAAAUUGCUUCAGUCUCUGUUGAAGACUUGACCAAGACAGGGCAACAGCUGGUGAGAAUUGAACAGUGCCAGGUGGAAUAUGGAUCUCUGAAACACUGGGUACCCUCAGGCUCAGAAAAGUCCCUGGAAGAUUCUGACUCUGAAAGAGACUCUGACUCUGAUAAUGAAAUGAACAUAGAAGAAAAACGCCAAAUGGCUUCAGAUUCUAUAAAACGUCUAAUGGAAUCUGAAAAAGAAAUGAUAGAGAAUGAAAAUUUCUGGAUGAUCCCUGUUCCUGAGAGUUAUACAGUACACUCAGGCACAGAAAAAAGUAGAGCAUCAGCAUCUACGGUACAUCUGAUACAGGUGGAAAAAACAGAAAAGCAAAGACCUAAGAGAUAUAUGAUGGACUCUGACUCUGAAUCAAGUGAGAUGGACUCAGAUUCAGAAAGAUAUGAGCUAGCCUCAGCAGCUGUGAAAUGUUUCAUGGGUAUAGAAACAUUUCAUAUGAGCACUGCUGUUAGCAAGUUCCCAAAGGAAUCUUGGUCUGAAAGAACAGUGGACUCAGACUCUGAAAGCCCUGUGAUGUCCUCUGAUUCUGGGAAGCAUAUGAAGAAGGCUGAAGCAUGCAAAAGUACCUGCAAUUUGGAAAGACUCAAGCUGGCUCACAAGUCUGAGUCUCUGCAUCACCGGUUAGAUGCUAAAAGAAAACAGUUAGAUUCUGAUCAUAGCGGACACUGGGAUAGCUCUGGAAAAUAUCAGUUUAGGUCUAUAGUACCUCAAGAUAGCUUCGGAAAAUGUCAGGGUGACCUUCAAACAUUUCAGAGUAUCACUGAAAAAGAUCAAGGAGACUCCAGUUCUGAAAAACAUCAGAAAAAAACUGGAAAUGAACGAGAUCAAGAUGAACCUGAAAGCAAAAGAUACCCUAUAAAGACAGAGAAGGGAGUUGAAAAUGAGGGGUUUCAAAUGGAUAAGGAAAGAGAAGAACAUCUCAUAGAGUCUGCCCGUCAUGAUUCAGAAAAUGAAGCACACCGGCUUGGUGCUCGUAGAAAGGAUAAUCGUCCUCCAGGUUUUUGGAGGCCUGUUACCCUGCCUCCUAAGCUUGGCCAGGAAAAGAAAACUGAAGAGCAAAAGUCUGUACAGCAAAAAGAUAACAGAG